AUGUGAGCCAGCCAUAAUCGCCUAGACCACCAUGGCCACUGAACUGAACCCUUCCUUGUCCACCAGUCGCGCCUUGGGCUAACCGCCGACAUAUCUAACGAGACGCACGGUGUAUACAAAGCACCGACUGAACGUUCACCUCACGCAGCCGAGUUAGCGUGUGCCUCACGCCACCUCUGAUUCACAGAUUCCCUUCCUCGCCGGCGGGCCACUCAGUCGCGAUAGCGUGUGGAUUCAUCUGCGGCCGCACGUGCACGGCAUCACAUCACACCCGGCUCGUAGGCAGGAUACACGUGUACCACUGUCGUAUCCGCCUCCCCUUCCUCCAGCAUGGUGCUGGAGAGCCCUUCCACGUCAGACCAGAUAAGCCGCUGGACGGUGUUGUCAUCUAGCGGAAUGGCUCACGCAACAGGGCGUUCGUUGUGGAGGUUCGAUCGGCCUGCCAGCGAUGCCUCCCCCGAAUCCUCAGCACAGUCAACGCGGUCAGCGGCGAUGUGCCAUGCACCAAGCGCGCGAAAAUACUGCGACGCUGUAGACCCUCAUGGGUUCCACUGCGACAGGAUUUGAACCUGGGUCGCGAGUAUUGCGGCUUGCUGGAUACCAUGUUCUGUUGCUGGGCCGUGCUGUCCUAUUUAUCCGUCGAGGCUCUAGCCUGCGUCACAUGGCCACUCUACAGUCACCAAGACGAGAUCUCCCACUCUCGCUCUCUCGUUCGCCCGUUCUCUUGCGUUGCCCCUCUUGCAACCCUAAACUUGAACCGAUGGCCCGUUCACUGGCGGCGGUACUGCGAGUGGUGAAGCCGGAGCCUCGCAUGCACGCUGCUCCAGCAGCAGCAGCGUGCUGCACGCCCCGCCGUCUGCCCACGCUGCUGCUUGUGAACCCGCUGCUCCUAUUGGUGGUAGUGCUGCUGCUGCUGUCAGCAGUGUCCCCGUUACACGCACAGACCCAGUCAUUUCGCAUCUUGACCUUCUUUAACGCGUCACAAGGCGCGGUGUUGGCGGAGGUGCAGCGCGAGUGGGGGGUGAGCUGGAGCCAGUGGGGGGAGGGGGGCGACUGCUCUCAGGCGCAGGGGCUGGCGUGUGACGCGCAGGGGAGGAUAGUCAGCAUGUAUCUGCCUGGCGCACGCCUGCAGGGGCGCGUUCCAUCCGCCACUGGACGCCUCACGGCUCUCACAAUGCUGGACCUCAGCAGCAACAGCCUAAGCGGCUCUCUCCCGUCCUCGCUGGGUCUUCUCCACCACCUCGCCUAUCUGGAUGUGAGCGACAACAACCUCAACGGCUCUCUGCCUGCGUCCCUCUCUGCCCUCUCGACCCUCUCUCACCUCAACGUGAGUUUCAACCUUCAUUAUCUGGGCGACAGUAACGGCAUAUCAGCGUCCGACCUCUCCCCCCUGCUCCGCCUCUCGUCUCUCUCUGUUCUGUGAGGCCGCUCGUCUCGUCUUCCUCUUACUCAGUUUACGGUAAGAUUGAGACUUGUUGAACGUUUACAAAUGAACUCAAUGCGUUACC